AUGAGAUCAUAAUAGACAUAGACACCUGAAUAAAUAAUAUAUAUUUUAAGAUCUUUCAAGAGUUACAUGGGAAAAACACACUCUAUGAGUCCAUAGACAAGAUGUUAAACUUGUGUUUAGACUGUGAAAAAGGAAUCUAAAUAAAAUUUUGAUUGUUUACUGAAAUCUCCUAUAUUGAAUAUUGAAGAAUAGGAAUUAGGGUAGGAGGGAGUAGAGAAAAAGAUAGAACUUUUAUCUAAUUAAAUUAGAAAUAUGCAAAUGAAGUAGGAAGAAUUGGAGAAUCAACAUUAUAAACUAAGGAAAAAUGUGAAGAGAUUGAAUGUUGAAAAAAAAUAUGAAUUACAAGUAAUACAUAUAAAUUAUAAAUUAAGGAGAGAAGUUAAAUGAUUAAGAAAUUGGAUUACAUGAUUGAAAUCUAGACAAAGUAGGAGGAUAAUUUAAAUUAGUUAAAGUAACUAUUUGCCUCUCGAAAAAUUAUUUGA